AUGCAGAUCGGUGAUUUAGUAUUAUCUCCUGGCAAAAUUUUAAGCGUGGCUCCUCAAGCUUACGCAGUUUUUCACGAAGCUCAUAAGUCUGGGCUAUCAAAUCGUUAUAAUUCGGUGCUUUCACGGGGUAUUGUUCGUCUAGGCGCCCCGUUUGUUUCACCGUUACUGUUCUGUGUUCAUCGUGACAGAUGGCAACGUAAAACAAAACAACAACUACUUAUCAGCAAUGACGGUAACUGA